AUGCAACCCCUCACCAUAGACUCCCCCCGACCAACGCGCAGUCCCCUGCGCAUCGUUGCACUCAUCUCCGUCCUCUAUGCAGCCCUCUUCAUCUCCGCCGUCAACACAACCAUCGUCACCACCGCCCUCCCCACCAUCGCGACACACUUCAACUCAACCUCUGGCUACACCUGGGUUGGCGCCGCCUAUGUCCUCGCCGACACCGCCUCGGGUCCCGUAUGGACCAAUUUCUCGGACAUUUGGGGCCGCAAAAUCGUGUUUCUGGCGGCCAUAAUCCUGUUUAUGCUGAGCUCUUUUAUAUGCGGCUUUGCGGUUAGUAUGGGCAUGCUUAUAGCGGGCCGAGCGCUGCAAGGAGCCGCUGCGGGCGCGAUUAUGUUGCUCGUGAAUAUUGUGAUUAGUGAUAUGUUUGACAUGAGGAGGAGGACGCUGUAUUUGGGCGUGUGCGAUGUUAUUUGGGCGGUUGCGGGCGCUGUAGGCCCGGUUAUUGGAGGCGCGUUUGCGGAGUAUGCUGGGUGGAGGUGGAUUUGGUAUACAAACAUCCCCAUCGCGGCAGUCACGUUCCUCGUCGUCUGCCUCUUCAUGGACGUGCACAACCCCCAAACGCCAAUCUGGCGCGGCCUGAAAGCGGUCGAUUGGCUGGGUAGUUUGGCGCUGCUGGCGGUGACGAUUAUGACUCUGCUGGGCCUGAAUAUUGGCGGGCAGUAUAUGCAGUGGACGUCGCCCAAGGUGCUGGUGUUGAUUGUCGUGGGCCUUGCCUUUGCGCUCGUGUUUUACCUCAUCGAGGCUAGGGUUGCUCGGUAUCCGGUGAUGCCGGUGCAGGUGUUUCGGAGUCGGUCGAAUGCUGCGACGAUUGCGGUUGGGGCGUUGCAUGCGUUUGCAAUGAUGGGUCCAGAAUACUACCUCCCUCUCUACUUCCAGUCCGCACAACUCGCACAACCGCUACAAUCCGGCCUGCUCGGUCUUCCCUUUGUAUUCCUCGAAGGAAUUGGGGGGAUUGCCAGUGCCCUGCUAAUCCACCAGACCGGCCGGUACAACGCGCUUCUCUGGGCCGGCGCAUGUCUCAUGACACUCGGAUUCGGGCUGCUGAUCGAUCUACAGCCAUCGACUGGUCUAGCCAAGAUCAUCAUCUACCAGUGCAUCGGCGCACUCGGGUCUGGACUUCUGAUCCAGCCGCCCAUGGUCGCGAUCCAGGCGAACGUGUCGCAGCAAGAAACGGCCACGGCGACGUCGACGCUGACCUUUAUGCGCGGACUGGCGCAGGCGGUGUCGAUUGUUGUUGGCGGAGUGGUGUUUCAGAGCUCCAUGGACAUCAAGCAGUCGGCCUUGGCCGAGGCAGGGCUUCCGCAUGAUCUGGUAGUGACGUUUUCGGGGAAUGAGGCGCAGGUGACGGUCAGCCAGCUGCGCGGGAUCCCGGAUGUCGCGCAGCAGCAAGCCGUGCAGAUGGCGUACGCGUGGAGCUUGAGGAAUGCGUGGAUUCUGUAUGCUGGCGUUGCCGGGUUGGCGAUUGGGGCGUCGUUGUUUGUUGGACGGCAUGCGCUAUCGACAGAGCAUGAGGAGACAAGGACGGGCAUACACCACGGCGACGACGACAAAACUACACCCGCCGUGCCGUAA